AAUCGAAAGAUGAAGGAAACUAGUGCGCUCUUGAGGAACAGAGCGUCACCACCUUGGCCGAUGGUACUCGUGCUCAAUGCGCUACCCGAGGAUUGCGUCGUUGAGUGGCAGUCCAGUCAUCCUGAAAUCGAAUUAAAGGCGGCCGCGAAUCGUUUUACCCCAAGACUAAGACCAGUGCCAGUGACGCUUGAGGAAAAGUGGAUAAAAUUCGAUCUGCCACCAUUGGAUCAGUUUAAACGAAACCGGCUGCAGCCAAUGGCAUCUGUUGAAAUAGAGAUCGGGCAACAUUUGAGUCGGUUGAACGACUCAACGCGAAACAUUUUUGAUUCAACAACACCCGACGUGCUAAUCGGUGAGAUGAGCGACAUUCUAACUGAGACACGAGUUUCUGAUCAAAAGGAGCCAUCAAUCGAUUACCGAUGCUCACAGGAUCUGGUGAAGCCAGAAAGAGACGCUGAAGGGGACGAAAAAUCCGAUACGAGCUAUGCGACCGUAGGCGUAGGACAUCGAUUCAAUAUGCCAGUGGCCCGGGAGGUACUGCCAUCGCAGGAGAGCGUAUGCUACGUCCGCGAUACAGAGCUACGCGAGCCGGUAACGCAGGAGCUGUUUGAAGAUAGCGAUGAGGAUAUGUUUUUGGAGAUAAAUCAAACACUAAAAACCAAUGAAGCUAAGACUCCUCCGACUCGUUACGGCUGCAGCGGUGUGACACCAGGACCUGACCGUUUGCACGGUUCUCCAAUUGCCAGAAGCAGUCCCUUCAUUCCAAAUAUGAUGUUACGAUCGCCCUCAAUUUUUGCAAGACUCAGUAACGAUCUUUUAGCACCGCGGUUGAACCUCCAGCGACUGCAAAUAUCUAGAAAGUCCUUGUUCAGCCAAAAGCGCCUACCGGAUGACAUGGAAGAAGCUGGAAGCUGUCGUUCGGUCCACGAAAGAAGCAAUGACGAUGAUGACGACGACAGCGUCAUCAGAUUACGACGUCCCACGAAAGCUCGACGAAUCACCGACACGCCAAACAAUGCCAUCGAACAGCAUGAUACCAGCGAUGAGGACCGUACACUCUCACCCGCCAGACUGAAGAAAAUAGCACGAGGAUUCAUUUGCGCCGAGGCUGAAGCAAGUGACGACUUUGAGACUGAAGCAGAGGAGAGUAAGGAGGAGGAUGAUUCUUUUAUCGUACGGGACAGUCAGGUCGUGCAGGGAACUCCGGUUUUUAACGAGCACGCUAUGUACCUGCGGUCUGUUCGAGAUAUACCGCGUGCUGGCGCAUUCUAUUUUCCCGACCGUCAGCGCCAACCGCUGCCUAUGGACACAAGUCCAAUGAGUGUCGACAACACAUAUUCACAGCAGGACACUUAUGACCAGUCGUUUCUGGAUCAGGAAGCAAGAGCCGACUCGCAGCUAUCUGAACUUGAGCUGCUAGAAGCGAAAUUGGAAACAAAGAAAACUCGUAAACGGACGAUUUCUGACACAUCGGAAUGAAAUGCUAUGGAGAUAAGCGAAGGAAUGUUCUUUGAAUUGUAUUGAUUAUAGCUGUUACUUUGUAUUACUAAUGGUUACCGCUAGUCGUCAAUGUGAAUUGAGAUCGAUGAAAAGAUGUAUUUAUGUGACUUGGUCUAUUAGACAGAUGCAGCAUCUAAGCCUUCAGCCAAAUAGUAUACUAUGAGCAAUUCCACCGAUAAUUAACAUAUCUAGCCUUAUAACUCUUAGUACUUCCGUGUCUCGAAGGGAAAAUAGAUAUAAAUAGUUAACUUUUUGUCGAUAUUUGUUUAAACACAAGUAAAAUGCUAUAUGUUUGACGUGCCAUUAAUUAAUUACAUAAAAAAGGAUAACUCGGGACUGUAAUCGUACCACAGGUACCUUAGAGUUUUGUAUUAUUGAAGUACGGACUGCAGUGGAAAUGAUCUGCUCUAUGUUGAUGACAAACAAAAAAAUGCCAAUACAAUAAAAUAAAAAGGAAAUAUAA